AUGUCCGUUGUCUCGGGGAGGGAAAAAGCGCCGAGCGGCGGUAGUCCGUGUCCCCUGGUUGGCUGACGUCGGUGGCUGCAUGGCGUUUAUGUGCCAGCGGGACAGCUGGGUCCAGCAGUUUACCACCCAGGUGGUCUCCUGCUGUCCUGCAGAAUUAUCUACAGAAAUUGGUGGAAAGAAGAAAAUUUUGCAAGGUUUCCAUGUCAUUCUGGAAGACACUAUUCUUUUCCCAGAGGGUGGAGGGCAGCCUGAUGACCGGGGACUUAUUAAUGACAUCCCCGUUCUCAGAGUCACCCGACAAGGCCCAGAUGCUUUACACUUCAUCCAGACACCACUUGAGCCAGGAACUAAAGUACGGCUGCUGCUGGACUGGGACCGGCGGUUUGACCAUAUGCAGCAGCAUUCAGGACAACAUCUCAUCACAGCACUUGCAGACCUGAUGUUUGGAUACAAGACAACAUCAUGGGAGCUGGGCCGUCAGCGAAGCACUAUUGAGCUAGACACCUCUUCAGUGACAAUAGAUCAGGUGGCAGCCCUUGAGCAGAGUGUGAAUGAAAAAAUUCGAGCCCAUAUCCCUGUGAUGGUACGAGAGUUUGCUGUGGGUGAUCCUGAAGUUGAGAUGGUAAGGAGCCGUGGCUUGCCAGAUGACCACACUGGGCCAGUUCGGAUAAUAAACAUUGAAGGUAUUGAUGCCAACAUGUGUUGUGGCACACAUGUCUCCAAUCUCAGUGACCUGCAGGUCAUUAAGCUCUUGGGUACAGAAAAGGGGAAAAAGAACAAAACCAACUUAGUUUUCCUUGCUGGUAAUCGGGUGCUGAAAAGUCUGGAUCGAAGCCAUGCCACUGAAAAGGCCAUGACAUCGCUGCUGAAGAAUGGUCCUGAAGAGCACGUGGAAGCCGUGAAAAGGCUGCAGAGCUCUUUGAAGCUACUUCAGAAGAACAACGUGAAUCUGCUAAGAGAUUUAGCUGUUCUUACAGCACAGAACUUCAAAAGCAUCUCAGCUCAGCAACCAGUGUUUGUCUUACACAGGAAAGAUGGUGAUUCUGAGUUCAUGAAUAUAAUUGCAAAUGAAAUUGGCUCUGGGCAGGAAACCCUCCUUUUCUUAUCUGUGGGAGAUGAAAAAGCAGCUGGGCUUUUUCUGCUGGCAGGGCCUUCAGAAGCAGUGGAGAAACUAGGCCCCAGAGUUGCUGAACUACUGGAAGGAAAAGGAGCAGGGAAACAUGGGCGCUACCAGGGCAAAGCUACACGGAUGAGCCAACGGCCAGAAGUGGAGGCCCUUCUUCAGGCAUUUGCCAGCAAACAGAACUCAGAACAAUGACUGGACAUCAGGACCAAUAGUGCAAUUAGGGAAUGUGGAAAAGAUUCAGCCAUAGUUGUUCCUUAAGGACUAUUUAAUAAUAUAAUAAUCUCUCCUCCUUUGUUUCUUGAGCAUGCCAGUACCAGCAAAAAAAAAUUAUCAGUGGUCUAAUACUUCAAAGAGGGAUAGUACUAGAUAUGUAAGAGAUAAAAUGUCUUAAGAGGGAGCUAUAGGUUGUGAAACAAGCAUGCCUGGAAACUUUGUUAUCUCUGCAGGGAGCAGCUUCAUCAUAAACCAAGCAGUUUUUUGGUACAGAGAAGAAAAAUUGCAUGUGUCAGAUGUGUCAUGAUGUGUCCCAUACUGUUACUGAGUUCCAAAUUAAACUCUGCUACUGUGUUUGUUUCUAACAGUG